GCAACCGAGCUCGGCAGCCCCAACCCAACUCGGCUGAACUCAGCCUCACCGAGCACUAUUCGAGACGCUCCGCGCCCUGGGCUUGCGACAGCUCCCCGAUCCUUCCUAGCAUCCUCUCCAAUUCCAGCUAGAAUGCUGUGGCAGGCGCUUUGCAGAUUUGGUCAAAAGCUGGUACGCAGACGUACACUGGAGCCAGGCAUGGCUGAGACUCGCCUUGCUAGAUGCCUGACCACUCUGGAUUUAGUGGCCCUAGGUGUGGGCAGCACAUUGGGUGCAGGCGUGUAUGUCCUGGCUGGCGAGGUGGCCAAAGAUAAAGCAGGACCAUCCAUUGUGAUCUGCUUUUUGGUGGCCGCCCUAUCUUCUAUGUUGGCUGGGCUGUGCUAUGCGGAGUUUGGUGCUCGGGUUCCCCGUUCUGGUUCUGCGUAUCUCUACAGCUAUGUCACUGUGGGUGAACUCUGGGCCUUCACCACUGGCUGGAACCUCAUCCUCUCCUAUGUCAUCGGUACAGCCAGUGUGGCCCGGGCCUGGAGCUCAGCUUUUGACAACCUGAUUGGGAACCACAUCUCUCAGACCCUGCAGGGGAGCAUCUCACUGCACGUUCCCCAUGUCCUCGCAGAAUAUCCAGACUUUUUUGCUAUGGGCCUUGUGUUGUUGCUCACCGGAUUGCUGGCUGUGGGCGCUAGUGAGUCGGCCCUGGUUACCAAAGUGUUCACGGUGGUGAAUCUUUUGGUUCUCGGUUUUGUCAUCAUCUCUGGCUUCAUUAAGGGAGAUCUGCACAACUGGAAGCUCACAGAAGAGGACUACAAACUGGCCGUGGCUGGACUCAAUGACACCUAUAGCUUGGGCCCUCUGGGCUCUGGAGGGUUUGUGCCUUUCGGCUUCGAGGGGAUUCUCCGUGGAGCAGCGACCUGUUUCUAUGCAUUUGUUGGUUUCGACUGUAUUGCUACCACUGGGGAAGAGGCCCAGAAUCCCCAGCGUUCCAUCCCCACAGGCAUUGUGAUUUCACUCUUCGUCUGCUUUUCGGCCUAUUUUGGUGUCUCUUCGGCACUCACGCUCAUGAUGCCUUACUACCAGCUUCAACCCGAGAGCCCCUUGCCUGAGGCCUUUGUCUGUACUGGAUGGGCCCCUGCCCGCUAUGUUGUAGCCAUCGGAUCCCUCUGUGCUCUUUCUACCAGCCUCUUGGGCUCUAUGUUCCCCAUGCCUCGGGUGAUCUACGCGAUGGCAGAGGAUGGCCUCCUGUUUCGCGUCCUUGCCCGGAUCUACACCGGCACACACACCCCCAUCGUGGCCACUGUGGUCUCUGGCAUUAUCGCAGCAUUCAUGGCAUUCCUCUUUGAACUCACUGAUCUGGUGGACCUCAUGUCAAUUGGGACCCUGCUUGCUUACUCCCUGGUGGCUAUUUGUGUUCUCAUCCUCAGGUAUCAGCCUGACCAGGAGAUGAGGAAUGAGGAAGGUGAAGUGGAGUUGCAGGAGGAGAAGAUCCAUGAAGCAGAGAAGCUGACCCUACAGGGACUAUUUUGUCCACUCAACUCCAUCCCCACUCCACUCUCUGGCCAAGUUGUCUAUGUUUGUUCCUCACUGCUUGCUCUACUGCUGAGUGUCCUUUGCCUGGUGCUGGCCCAGUGGUCCACUGCACUGCUUUCUGGAGACCCAUUGUGGAUUGCAGUGUUUGUGCUGCUCCUGACGCUCAUUACUGGGAUCACUGGAGUCAUCUGGAGACAGCCACAGAGCUCCACUCCACUCCACUUUAAGGUACCUGCUUUGCCUCUCCUCCCACUAGUGAGCAUCUUUGUGAAUAUUUACCUUAUGAUGCAGAUGACAGCUGGCACCUGGGCCCGAUUUGGGGUCUGGAUGCUGAUUGGGUUUGCUAUCUACUUCGGCUAUGGGAUGCAGCACAGCCUGGAAGAGGUUAAGAGUGACCAACCCCCACUCAAGUCUAGGGCCAAAACUGUAGACCUGGAUCUCAGCAGUGCCUGUACACAUUCGAUUUGA